AUGUUUUCGUUUGUGCUCAGGUUCUGGGACUUGCUCAACUACCUCGGCCUCUCUCAGAAGAGCGCGAGGAUUUUAUUUCUGGGGCUCGACAACGCCGGGAAGACAACUCUUCUGCACAUGCUGAAGGACGACCGCGUGGCGCAGCACGUCCCGACGCUCCAUCCCCAUUCUGAGGAGCUGAUCGUGGGCAAGAUCCGGUUUAAGACUUUCGAUCUGGGAGGACACGAAACCGCUCGUCGCAUUUGGAAAGACUACUUCGCGGCCGUGGACGCAAUUGUUUUCAUGGUCGAUGCCACCGACCGCGGUCGUUUCCAGGAGGCGAAGGAGGAGCUGAACCACUUGUUGGAGACGCAAGAGCUUGCCAUGGUUCCGUUCUUGGUUUUGGGCAACAAGAUCGACAAGCCGCAGGCUGCGUCUGAGGAGGAGCUCCGCCAGCAGUUGGGCCUUUACUCCCACGUCACCUUCGGCAAGGACCGCAAACCCGUCCCCGGCGUCCGCCCCGUUGAGAUCUUCAUGUGCACGGUCAUCAAGCGCAUGGGAUAUGCCGAAGGCUUCCGCUGGCUGUCUCAGUUCCUGAACUGA